AUGGGUGACAAAGGAGGAAAAUCAUGUCCGAUUUGCACCGAGGAGAUGGACCUGACCGAUCAGCACCUGAAACCAUGCAAAUGUGGCUAUGAGAUCUGUGUGUGGUGCUGGCAUCAUAUAAUGGAAAUGGCACAGAAGGAUGAAACUGAGGGCCGUUGUCCUGCCUGCCGUUCAGCUUAUGACAAAGAGCGCAUUGUGGCAAUGGCAGCUAACUGUCGAAGAUUGAUUGCUGAAAUGAAUUCACAGCAUAAAAAGAAGCUACAGAAGGUAAAGCCUAAAUCAUCGGAUGGAAGGAAACAUCUUACUGAUGUUAGAGUCAUUCAGCGCAACCUUGUGUACAUAAUUGGACUGCCUCUUAACCUUGCAGAUGAAGAUUUACUUCAGCGUAGGGAGUACUUUGGAAGAUAUGGCAAGGUUUUGAAGGUGUCAAUAUCUCGUACAGCAACAGGCAUUAUUCAACAUUCUGCAAACAACAGCUGUUGUGUGUAUAUAACUUACUCAAAAGAAUCUGAAGCUGUUCGAUGCAUUCAAUCAGUUCAUUUUUUUGUAUUAGAAGGUAGAUCAUUGAGGGCUUGUUUUGGAACCACAAAGUAUUGCCAUGCAUGGCUCAGAAAUGUGCCUUGCAGCAAUAGAGAAUGCUUAUAUCUACAUGAUCACGGUGCUAACGAAGAUAGCUUUACCAAGGAUGAAUUAGUAUUAGCAUUUGCAAGGAGUAGAGUCCUACAAAUCAUUGGUGCUACAAAUAAUUUGCAUCGCCGUUCAGGGAGUGUUUUACCUCCACCACCAGAUGAACCUAGACAGAUACCAUCAGCCACCAAAGUAGUGUCCAAAAGUCCUUUAGAUAUUACGGGAUCCUUUUCAAGCAAUGGAGCUGCCAAUUCAACAGCACUUCCCACAGCGAACUCUUGGGCUAGGUGUGUAUCUGGUAGUCUUCUGCAGGAUACUAGUUCAUCAUGUUCUAAUAAUCUGGCCAAGAAAAAGAUUGAAGCAUCUAAUGGCCCCCAAGCCCUUAUGCCGGGGGUUGCUUGCACCGAAAGGUCUAUUCUUGAUACGAAAGAAUCGGGAGAAGAUGAAAAUAGCUCUGAUGUGCAUUCCAAUAGUGUAAUUGUACCUUCAGCAUUGAACAAACAUCACAUUGGCGGGAAUUCUCAAAAUUCAGCUUUUGUAGGCCUUGAUCAAGAAAAGGCUGCACCCUCAACGAGUACAAGCUUCCCGGAGACAGGAAGACCUCACAAUUUGAAUACCAACAAGGCAGUUUCAAAUCGGGAUCUGCAUGGCUUAUGUUCUGAGUUAUCAUCUGUUAGCAUCAACAGGAAGCAUUUCCGUCAAGAUAAUGAAUAUUGUAAAGAUCAUUCAACCACACCAGCUUUUUGGGAAGAUAUCAUUGUGGAUGAUAUGCUAAAUAAAGAUUUUGAUCAACAACAAUUCUGCCAAGGCACUAACAAUUUAGCAUCCGGGCAUCAUUCACCUCAUUAUCCUCAGAAUCUAAACCAAUCAAACCAUCAACUAAAGCAUCAAAAUCAAAUUUCUAACCAGAAUCAUUUAAGGAAACCUUCUGAAACUAUUACUGAAGCAUUGGGGGCAGGAUUUGAGAAGAUUGUGGAGAGUGAGGGUACUGGUUCAAAUGUUGAUAACAAGGUUGCUUCAGACAUUGGAGAAAACAACAUUAUAUCCAACAUUUUGUCUUUGGAACUAGAUGCAUGGGAAGAUUCAAUAGUUAACUUGUUGGAUGAAACUGAUGAACCAUACACAUCCUUCAAAGCUCCUGCUUUGCGGAAAAUCCAAGACAAGAAUCAGUCCAGGUUUUCCUUUGCCAGACAAGAUGAUUCCUUGAAUAAGACAUCUGAUUUGCAGCAAUCAUUUGGGAUUACCGAACAUGAACCUAAAGGGAAUUAUCCAUCUGGUGGUUAUAACGCAAAUAAUGAUAUGUUCGCUGUAAAAAACCCAUAUGCUUUCACAUCAAGCAGUUCUGUGCUAUCAGAUAAAUUUGAUGGAAGUCCGUCAUUGGUGCCCACAAAAUUUUCCAGGGCAAAAGCUCAUGCCUCAAGUCCACCUGGAUUUUCAAUGUCAGGCAGAAUACCUCCUGGGUUUUCACGCGGGAGAGUAGAACAGAGUUGUAAUAGUUCUGUUGAACAUUUGCAACCGCAGUAUGCUCCUCCAUCUGUAAAUAUCGGCAGGAUAGGAGAUGCUGAAUUCAAAAAUCCUAUGGUCUUGGACCCUAGUAAGGGCCUAAUGGAAGAAAGGCUGAAUAGUGCACCUUUUAACCCGAGGCAAACUUUCCUUCCACAAUUUAGUCCUAAUGAAGAUGAUGCUAGACUUAAGUUGUUAAUGCAACAAUCUCUAGCUUCACAGAAUUUAAGACUUUCAGAUCAUAUUGGAAAUAGGUUUUCCUCUCAAAGUGAUGCUUAUAGAACUCCUUCAAGGUUUCUUGAUCAAUUUCAGUCUAACAAUCCUUCAUUUUCUGAACAAAUGCGCUCUCAACAGUUCAGUAGUAAUAUUCUCAGUUCAAAUAACCAGCGGGGAAGUUGGAAUGAUUCCAUGUAUUUCAGCGGCCUAUCUAUGUCGGAAGUAUUGAAUAAUGAAAUAGGGGGAUAUAACAAUUUCAUGCCCAGUUAUGAGAAUAUCAAGUUUUAA